CUGUGCUGUCUGUUGUCUCUGCCGUAGCCGCUCUACGCAGCGGGAGCUAGCUCUAUGACCUGGCGGGGCCUGCUGGUGGGACGGCGCCCACGGGCCGGGCCCGCAGCCGGGUGGCGAAGGGCAGAGUCCCCGGGGCGGCCCGAGAAGACUCCGACCCCGUAGGCCUUCACUAGGAAGCUCGAGGUAGAUCCCGUCGCGCCCGUACCCCUGCAGAGUCCCGGCGGCGGCGCAGAAAGUUUUUUUGUGAAGAAAUGGCCUCCAGCACUGGAAAUGAAAAGAGAGUGAAUCCUGUGCUCAGAAUAAGUCAACUUGAUGCGCUUGAACUAAACAAAGCACUGGAACAACUAGUGUGGUCCCAGUUUACCAGCUGUUUUCAUGGAUUUAAACCAGGGGUGUUGGCUCAUAUUGAACCAGAAGUAAAAGCAUUUUUAUGGCUUAUUUUAUGGAGAUUCACUAUCUAUUCCAAGAAUGCAACUGUGGGACAGGCUAUUCUGAAUAUUCAAUACAAGAAUAACUUAUCUCAGACAGAGAAGUACCAGCCUCUGAGCAAACACCAGAAAUUAUGGUAUCUUAUUUUCACUGUUGGUGGAAGAUGGUUGGAAGAAAGAUGUUAUGAUUUAUUUAGCAAUCGUCAACUGCAAUCUUUCUGCAAAAUUAAGGCUUGUAUUAACUUUGGAUCUGGACUUCUUAAGCUGUGUGGACUUCUAAAUUUUCUGAUUUUUCUUCAGAAAGGAACAUUUGCAACACUAACAGAACGCAUUCUAGGAAUUAGGUCUGUUUUUUGCAAACCACAAAGUGUUCGUCAGGUAGGAUUUGAAUACAUGAACAGGGAGCUCUUAUGGCAUGGCUUUGCUGAAUUUCUGAUCUAUCUGCUACCACUUAUUAACGUACAGAAACUAAAACUUAAAAUUUCUUCUUGGUGUUUGCCUAUUGCAGGUCUUUCCAGUAGUGAAAACACAUUAGCAGCUCACUGCAAGGAAUGUUCACUAUGUGGAGAAUGGCCUACCAUGCCUCAUACCAUAGGCUGCUCCCAUGUUUUUUGUUACUACUGUAUUAAAAGUAACUAUUUAUCUGAUGCGUAUUUUACAUGUCCUAAAUGUGGCUUAGAGGUACAGAGUCUUCAGCCACUGAAAUAUAAAAUUGAAAUGACAGAGCUGCAUGCCUGAUAGGGGGUUGAUUUGGUUUUAUACUAUAUGUGAAAUACUUUGUUGCAGAGAAUAAUGGAAAAAUUCAGAAAUUAUUGUAAACAGAUGGCUUAAAGAUGGUUUUGGAGACUCUGUAAGUUCUUUUGCUGGCAUUAUUUUUUUAUUGACUAAUAGUGCCAACUUGCCUCUCUGAAGGAAAGACAAGGAGUUCACCAGCUCUUCUGCUAUAUCAGACUACUUGAUCCCAAUUUGAUGCCCCAAUGUUGUCAAGUCUUUCCAUUUUAGAUCCAGAGUUUGCCAGCCUGCCACUUUCUAAUUGCAUGUUAUAUACUUCCUUCAAAGAUGGAGCAGAUGCCCAGUAAGCUUCUACCCUUUCUGUGGAUUUUCUCAAAGUUUUUGUAAAAGCUUCUGCCAUUACCAACUUAGCUAGUAGAGGAAUUCAAUGGGAAAGUUAUCCUUGUCAUGCUUAAAGAAUAAUUUUAAAUUUGAAUAUUUUAAAUUUGAAUUCCCAGUGGGAUAACCACUGCAAAAAGGAAAGGUGUAAGUUGAAUUGUCGUCUCUGCAGAUUAUUAACAGUUUUCAUCAUAUUCAGCCGCACUCUACCUUGGAAUUGCUCUCUUAUCAAUAGACCAUAGGCUUUACGUGAUCCAUCUGGCAGACAGAUACUCUGUAGCUAACAUGUACCUACAGGAGAUAAAACCACUUACUUUGCAAAGACGAUGCACCUUUUAGACCUUCAUGAGAUGACUGAUUUUCUCACUUAGCUAUAUGUCUGUGAUCUUCAGUGAUGUAUAUAUGAUCACCUCCCAGUUCUUCCCAACAAAGCUGAGGGAUACAGUUCAUCAUGCAUUGGAAUGUGGCAGCUCCCCAAGGUAACCCACAUUAUUUUGAGUAAGAGACACUAGAGAAAACUGUUUACUCGCAAGAUGCUGUCUUUGGGACUUGCCAUGUUUCUAUUUUUGGUGUGGUCAAGGCAGGUGCUCAACCUCACUAACACCUCACUCCCACACAGAGAAAAGAUCAAACACAGUUAUGUUCAUGUAGACAUAUUACAAAAAAUAGGUAACUCUUCCUCGUUUUUUAUUAUUACUCUCUGCUUUUUCUGUUGGAUUUACAAUGUUUUUGUUAUUCCCUGUCUUAACAAUUUAUCCCCUUAUUCUCUGACCUGGUUUUAUAAGAGGUUUGUUUGGGAUUUGUUUGUUUGUUUCAAAAUUGCAGUCCUUUUUUAACAGAGAGUGUUAGCCAGAAGUGUCUCAUUAGCACAAAAAUACGUUGCAUCCUUUUUUGGCUCUUAAAUUAAAUUCUGGAAAACCUAUACAGUUGAGUAAAUCACUUUGUGAUGGUUGUGUUCUUGAUUGGCUAUCAUCAAUAGACAGUCCCAAAAAUAGUAUGGUAACAACUGAUCCAGUAUCUUUGAUGUACUUUUAUGAAAUGGUUUAUUACAUUCUUCAGUGUCUGAUUAAAACACCCCACCAGCUUAUUUGUUUGAAGAUCUUAAAUUCUAGGUUUUGAUCUUUAGUGACACACAACGCUUUCAUCUGAUGCUAUUAAAUAUAGUUAGCAGGUUUGUAAGUAUCUUUGGGCAGCCCAAAACUUCAUUAAUUCUGAUGCUGUUCUGUGAGUCAACAGAGACUUCAGAGCAACUGCUUCCAGAUAUGUGCUGCGAUAUAGUAUUUGCCAGCAAAUGUGUAUAUCAGCAGCCUGCCAAAUUUCUGUUAUUUGCAGUUGCAAUUUGAACCAGCAGGUACAAAUCUGUCUUUAUUAUAAGUAUCAAAACUGUCAAGUCUUUUGGAGAAUAUCCUGGAGUCACUUGCUGGUGCUGAAGUGAUUCUGUAUGAAUUGUCCUUCCACUUCACUUAAUAGCUGUUUCCAAAUAAAUAUAUUAGCAACCCUUACUUUGAGGUGGUCCAGUGCCUCUGGAAAGGAUCAUCAGCAUUCCUGCUACUGCUCUCUUUAACUGUCUUAAUUAAUGAAGAUUUGUACACAUCUAAUGUUUGUGUUUUAUAAACAUGGCAGAUGUUUGGUUCUCCUGGACUUUUCAUUCCUUCUGAAGCCACAGUGCAGUAUUGUGUCAAAAGAGCACAGAUUUUCUACGUUGGACUCUGUCGGGUGUCAUGUUCUUCUUAUGUAGGAGUUAACUUCUUUCCUUUUUAGAAAUGUUUAUUUUCCCUGGAUAUUUAAAUAAUGUUCUCUUCCUUUUUCAUUGCACCACUCUCUGUCCUGCUGUUCAGUUUACCUAAGCUGCGUGAAUUUGCUGAGGUUUGUUUUAUCUCUUGCAGCUCCAUGCAGGUGAAAUCCUACCAAAAUGUAUACUCUCUUUUUCAUCCCUGCUAAAACCUGUUUCCAGAAGUUUUGUACAGCUGUUUUCUGCUGGCAGUUCUGUAUUGCACUUGGCUUCCCUGUUUUUCUUCUGGUGUUCAGCUUUUAAUACUUAUGAUGGCUUAUUAUACUAAAGCAUUGGCCUACUGCUGUACUAUCUCAUCUUCAGUACGUUAGGUUUGUAGUUGGUAACACUGACCAAGUUUGUGUAGUCUUUGCCUUACGGCAUAAAUAAACAGUUUCUUUUACCUUAAGAUCCUGCAUCCUAAGCUGUGGCUUUAAUUCUUUUAUUUUUCAUGCCAGUAAGCAGGUACCAUGCAUCUCACAGAAACAGAAAGUUUGGGAAGAGAGUGGUUCCUUUUGUCAGAUACAGAUUUAUUUAUUUAUUUUUUUAAUCUACCAAGCAUUGAAACCUUCACCUAGUUGUAGUCACAACUUAUAUUGAGACCGAGGUUCCAGCUUGCAUAUUGAAAAACUUGCUACCACAUUAGCUUUGGAGGACUCUAAAGUCAAUAUUCAGCAGCUUCCUUAUGGCAUUUUAAAAUUAAAAAUAUACUUUUUUUAUAUUGUAAUUCUAUUUGAUUAUGUCUUGUGAUACAUAAGUGGCAGAAAAGUCUUACUUGAAGAUAUUACAGAAAAGAAUAAUUUGUAGAUGAAUCAAAGGAUAAUUAAUUUUGUAUACUAGUUGCAUUGAUAUUUUGUCCUCAUAAGCAUUCUAUUUUCAGGUUAAAAUUCAACCAUAACGAAGGACUAAGACACAUCUGGUGAUGCUUCCUGCAGUAGAGGGAAUAAAAUUUGGUUUGAAUAUUAAUCUCUUCAGUCAUUUUAUCUAAACAAAAAGUUUUUGGUGUUCAGCUACCCUAAGAAUGUACUUCUGAGCAGUCAUAUGUACAUUAGUGAAAAGGGUAAAUGCCUAGAAUUUAAGAAAGCUAAGGGACCAGAAGUCUUAUCCGAUCUUGGAUAAGAGUUACAACCCUGUAUUAACAUUUUUAUUUGUGCUCUGUUUUGCGUCUUUGUGUGCUACAUGAACAUUUUCAUUGUCUCAGGAAUCAAAAAAUGAAGCCAUAACUGAAACAGGCUAAUUAUAUUAAUAAGCAUAUUAGAAAACUCGUCAUUUGAUUGAGAAUUACUGUUUUUCACAAGGUGUGAUUUUGGAGGCAUUCAGGUUUAAGGGGUCAGAGAAUGUGGAUUCCUUGCUUCUACAAACCACCACAGCUCCAUCGAUGCUAUGUGCUUUAAGAGAGGUUUUGCAAAAGACUUAAGGCAGGAAUUUCAGUAUUCUGUAAAAGAAAUGUUGGGGAUAGUAUCUGAUUUCUGCAUUACCUGGAAAUAUUUCUUUAUUUUUCCAUAAGUGCAAGAUGUGAUGGGCAAGAAUGAUCUGGGCAAAGUGGUGAAGAUGUUAAGAAAGGUGAAAGAAAUAUAUUUUCUAAAUACAAUCCAAUGAGUGCUUAUUUGAAUGUAUCACUACAAUGGUUGUCUGGGAUGUAUUGAACUUAUGAAAACCAAGUUGACAAAUAAAAGAUACUUAUUAACAGGA